CUUUCUACAGCCCAUCCACUCGUUCAUACCUCCAUUCAAUCGUCCACACACCCGUACAGCCACCCACCCCAAAAAGUCAUGCCCAAGCCCAAAAGACCACCUACCUCUGGCUAUGCGCGAAUAGCCCAGGCCGAGGAAGAAGAAGACUCGCACGAUGAAUCCGAAGAAGAAUCACAAAGCAGAGCCCUGCUGUCCAAUUCGUACGCUCCCAUUCAGCCUCGGCGGAAUUCUCGAAUGCGCGGGCCCUCGGGCGAGACGUCACCCACAUUGAAGCGCACAACCUCAGGGCGGCGGCAGCGGAGCAAUUCGGGCGUGGAUAUCAAAGCCAUCAAUGCGAGACUAGAGCGUUGGGCUGAAGAAAUUGCGCAAAAAUUCAAGAUCAAGAAGCAGAUCGACACGCCUGACGAUGAGCCGCUCGAGAUUCACCAUUCCGUCUUCCAGGCUCCAGACUGGGCGCGCCCUGCCACAGCUGAGACGCUGACAUUUGACUACGAGGGCUCAUCAGACCGCAUGACGAAGCUACAGUUUGACGACAUUGUCGAGAGCGUCAGGGUAGCCAUCGAGCAGGGCACACAUCCGAAGCUGAUCACCCAGGGCAGCUCUGGCAGCUACUUUGCCCGCAACACUCAGGGCAAGGUGGUGGGCGUCUUCAAACCCAAAGACGAGGAACCCUACGCGUCGCGAAACCCCAAAUGGACAAAAUGGAUUCACCGGAAUCUGUUUCCCUUCUUCUUUGGCCGUGCCUGCCUCAUCCCCAACCUUUCCUACGUAUCCGAAGCCGCUGCUUACGUUCUCGAUACACAACUGCGCACGAACCUCGUACCGUAUACCGAAGUCGUCGAGCUAUCCUCAAAGUCUUUUCACUAUGACUUCUGGGACAGGAGAGCAUUCUAUAGAAAGAGGAAGCCGCUGCCGAUGAAGCCCGGCAGCUUUCAGGUGUUUCUCAAGGGCUUCAAGGAUGCGAACAUUUUCCUGAAAGAGCACCCGUGGCCAGACCAACAUUCGUCAAGCGUCAGAGGCGAUCCGCAAUGCAAGAAAAAGAAGAGAAGAUGGGCAGAGGAAUGCAGACCAAGCGGACCACAAUCAGACGACGAGUACGACGAGGAAGCCUCCACAGGUCCUGCGAGUCAGCCUUCGCAACAGCGGAGAGAGUUUUGGACAGAUACACUGCAACAGUCAUUUAGAGAGCAGUUGGAAAAACUUGUCAUCUUGGACUACAUUAUGCGAAAUACCGAUAGAGGGCUGGAUAACUGGAUGAUUAGAAUUGAUCAGAAGACACAAGAGGCCAGCAUCGUGGCCGAGCCUCCGCAAAUGGAAAGAGAGGAUGAUGAUGAACAUGAGUCGAAUAGCUAUACCAGGCAAUCCAUGUCUGAGAUGGAUCCGUAUGGGCGUAGGGAGCCCAUGACGGCUACAAGUCGCUCAAACACGCCCAUGCCAAAGGGGCCUACGGCCUCUGUUUCUCUAGGUGCCAUUGACAACAGCUUGUCGUGGCCCUGGAAACAUCCUGAUGCUUGGCGAAGUUAUCCGUUCGGCUGGCUUUUCCUGCCUGUGUCGCUCAUCGGCCAGCCCUUCUCCGAAAACACUCGCAAGCACUUCUUGCCUCUUCUUACAUCCAAGCAGUGGUGGAGCGAUACCCAGCUCGCCCUUCGCAAAUGCUUCUCCCAAGACGCCGACUUCAAAGAGCGCAUGUAUGCCAAACAAAUCGCAGUCAUGAAAGGUCAAGCCUGGAACGUCGUCGAAACCCUCAAGCUCUCCGACCACGGCCCUUUGGAACUCACCCGCAGAGCCCGCGUCUGCGUCUGGGACGACCUAGUCGAAAUCCCCAUCGCCGUCCCACUCCGCGCCCCCUCCGCCGAAAUGCGUCGAAAGAACCACCCUCAUCACCCCAACCAACAACGCCCCAUUGUCGUCGAGCACGAAGAAAUGGACAUCACAGCCCUCUCCACGCCUCCCCCGAAAAAUUCCCAACAGACCACAGCAGAUCUCCUCAUGAACUCGCCCCCCUUGGACAAAGCAAACGGAAACCGUUUCAACCUCAGCCGCGAAUCCAGCUCCGUAGACGUCCGUCCCACACCCUCCUCCUCCACUACCUCGGACGCGCACCCCGCAGCAAGCGCAACCCAACACGCUGCGUCAUGGACCUCGACUCCCCGUCUCAACAUCAACACCUCAGACCUCGCGUCCGCCAACGGCCGGCCUAACCACCGCGCGCGCAUGAGCUAUGAAGCGCCACGUCGUCGCGAACACGUCCCCGUGAAACACCAUCGCAGGUUAUCGCUGACGGUCAGACGACACGAUGGUGCUAGUGGUACGCAUGACGAGGACGAUGACGGUGAUUUGGGGUAUGCGGCGAAUGAGGAUAUGGAGGCGAAUCGGAAAAAGGUUAUCGUCGAGCGGCUGGAGCAGGUCAAGAGCAAGAAUCCGGUUUUUACUUGGUGUUAG